AUGUCAAUUUUACAGGUGAUGGAGAUCAAGGGACAGAUGAUCCACGUCCCAGAAUCAAAUUCCAUUUUGUUUUUGGGCUCACCGUGCGUGGACAAGCUGGAUGAGCUGAUGGGCCGAGGCCUGCACCUUUCAGACAUCCCUAUUCAUGACGCCACCCGAGAUGUCAUCUUGGUUGGCGAGCAAGCGAAAGCUCAAGAUGGCUUGAAGAAGAGAAUGGAUAAAUUGAAGGCCACUUUAGAAAGAACUCACCAGGCCCUGGAAGAAGAGAAGAAGAAGACGGUGGAUCUUCUCUACUCGAUUUUCCCCGGCGACGUAGCCCAGCAGCUGUGGCAAGGACAGCAGGUGCAGGCCCGGAAGUUUGAUGACGUCACCAUGCUCUUUUCUGACAUCGUUGGUUUCACUGCCAUCUGUGCCCAGUGUACGCCCAUGCAAGUGAUCAGCAUGCUGAACGAACUCUACACCAGAUUUGACCACCAGUGUGGAUUUCUGGAUAUUUACAAGGUGGAGACCAUAGGUGAUGCGUACUGUGUCGCCGCGGGACUCCACAGGAAAAGCCUGUGCCACGCCAAGCCCAUUGCUCUGAUGGCCUUGAAGAUGAUGGAGCUGUCGGAAGAGGUGCUCACUCCUGAUGGAAGACCUAUUCAGAUGAGGAUAGGAAUUCAUUCGGGCUCCGUGCUGGCUGGAGUUGUCGGGGUGAGAAUGCCACGAUACUGCCUGUUUGGAAAUAAUGUGACUCUGGCAAGCAAAUUCGAAUCAGGAAGUCACCCUCGCCGCAUCAAUGUCAGCCCAACCACUUACCAAUUAUUAAAACGAGAAGAAAGUUUCACAUUCAUUCCUCGGUCCCGUGAAGAACUUCCAGAUAACUUUCCCAAGGAAAUCCCUGGGAUCUGCUAUUUCCUGGAGGUAAGGACUGGACCAAAGCCACCAAAACCUUCCCUCUCUUCAUCAAGAAUAAAAAAGGUUUCCUACAACAUCGGCACCAUGUUCCUCCGGGAGACAAGCCUCUGAGACCGGCUCCAAGAUCAAAGACUCCUCCCAAAAGCACAAGCCCACAACCUGGCUCACCACAAGAAGGGUAGAGGGAGAUUAUUUUUUUCUCUUCCAAUGCUUUGUGGAGACAAAGCAGCGGAAUCUCUGUGUCGUGUCAGGCAAUAAUCCUUGGACAGGUGGAGGACCACUGUCAAUAAAUAUAGCUGGAGGGUGGGGUAGGGGAUGAAAUGUGUCCAUUCUAUGAGCAUUUGCGGGGCAUAUAUAUAUAUAUUUUAAUUACAAGUACAAAGGCCCCCCCUUUCAAAACUAACCAAUAAAUAGACUCCCUGUUUUCUUGCUUGUCACUCAUGCAGAUACCUUCCCUUGUAUAUUUGUACCACUUUGGAGAGCCAGUUUUGAGUACGGAUCAUCACGUUAUCUUAGUGAACCUGGUAGAUGAGAAAUCUUUUCUAACUUUGUGUUUCUGAACAGACAACAUUUUCAUACAAUGCACCAUGGCAGUGUGACCAACACAGCGAACUAUUUGAGGGAUAUUACCUAUUUUUAUACAUACUUCUUCUUCUAGAUAAUUACAUUUCACACAGCAUUAUUCGAUUUUUUUUUUUUUCUCCAGAAUCUGCUCCUGUCUGGUUGGGGUAUUGCAUAAUGCUAACCUACUAAUCUAACUUGGAUUAUUUAGGGAGAUUAGCACUUGGACGGAGAAUACAUAUAACCAAG